AUGGUGGCCGAUAGCGGGUCGCUGUCGUCGUAUUCGCGACGGCGGGGCGAAGCGUUGGACCGUUUGCCGGUGAUCCCCCCACAAACUGAGGACGACCUGUUGGUGGUGAUUGAGGUGCGUCGGCCGUCGGGUGAGCAGAAGAAGGCGUUGUUGAAGUCGAAGGCGUUGAGUCGUUUGAGGCCGGCAUCGCGGUUUUGGCUGGGUCCGAUCGACGAGUACCACUGCGGGUUGUUGAUCUUUCCGUUGGCGCUGGUUUCGUUGGUGGUGGCCUUGGGAAUGACGAGUUACGGGGUGUGGAACAUUUACGACGCAGUGACUUCGGGUGGCCAAUUGACAUGGGACGAGACGGGUGACCUGUUUGUGGGCAUUUUCAAGACGCUGAUUGGUGUCUUGUCGUUGUGUGGCGUGGCCUUCCGUUGGUCGUUGGGCAUCCAUUCACAGGUGAUUGGGUUGCACGUGUUAAUUGUGGCUUCCUUCAUGAACGGCAUCCUUAAAAGCUGCGAGUGGACCAUGGCCUACCUCGGCUACCCGCACGGGCUGGCUGAUGGCGAGUGGCGGCCGUCAGCAAGCGAGGUACGCUUCCUGCUUUGGUACUACGGGGAGUUGGUGGCGCUGGUGGUGGGCAUCCCGAUGUUCCUGGCGGGGCCGUUGCUGUCGCUGCAUAAAGUACUGGAGUGCGGCGGGUCGGGCUGGGAGUAUAAGAACUACCUCCAAGUCGUCUGGGACCUCCAGGUCGAAAAGGCGCUGCAGACGAAGUAUGAAGAAAAGUGGCGCCGAUGGGAACGGAAGAAGGGCAAGCCGCUCGGCGUGCCCGCGUUCCCACUGCUGACUGCGGCUUUGUCCAAACGGCGCCCGUCGCGAUCCGUGUACCGCUACAUAGAGGCGCACCACAUGAAAGAGCGCGAAAAUAUUAUUCACCAAUUAGAUUCAGAACAGUGA